UUUGCAACAGAAUCUGCGUAAUUAAUACACCCAUGCAGACGAAGCGAUAAAACGGCCCAAGACAAGACAGGGGUGGUCUCUCAAUACACCGCCUUAUAUAAAGGUUAUUGUAUAACGUAGCCAUUGAGUAUAUAUUGGGCCAAUACAUUACUGAAUGGUCAGUUUUCAGCAGGACCCACCAAAACUACUAUUGAGCUUUUUGGCUCUGACAUUGGGAGAAGACUAGAGCGAGAGAGAGGUGGUUUACAUACCGAGGAGUAGGACUGAGUGCUCUGCUCUAAGGAGAACUGACAUCACAGAACCAUGUCUGAUGAGACAGAACCGAGGAUGUGUGAUAACCUGGAGGAAGAGGAGGGAGACGUUGAGGACUACCUGGAGGAAGAGGAGGGAGACAUUGAGGACUACCUGGAGGAAGAGGAGAACAACGGAGAACUGAUGGACCGACUCAGAGAGCUGGAGGCAGAAAACUCAGCUCUUUUGUUGGCCAAUGAGAAUCAAAGAGAAGCAUAUGAGAGAUGUCUGGAUGAGGUGGCCAACCAUGUGGUCCAAGCCCUCCUCAACCAAAAGGAUCUGCGAGAGGAAUGCAUCAAGCUGAAGAUGCAUGUGUUUGACCUGGAGAGACAGAACAGAGUGUUGUGUGAGCUCUUCCAACAGAAGCUACCCAACCAGUCAAGCUCUCAGGACCAGGUGCAGCCAGGAUCCCUCCCAGUAUACAAUACACAGCUGCUGCACAAUGUCUCUGACAAGCAGGUGGGGUCACAGUCACAGAGCGACGCACAAGCCAAGGGAAAUGGGUUUCACCGCACACUGCCACAGGCCCCAGCAACUCCCCCCAGAGGCCCAGCCGCAUCCAUGGAUGCCCUGUCCCCAUUCUUCAAGAAGAAAGCACACAUUCUGGAGGUCCUUCGAAAGAUGGAGGAGACAGACCCCCUCAAGUUCCACCCCUCUGCAGGCAGCAUCACCUUCUGUGACUACAGUCAGGUCCUGAUGUCCACAGAGGCUGUCCUGGCUGCUGGAGACCUGUGUAAGAAGCACCAGACACUCUGCUCCUGCUCAGACUCCGACAUGCAACAACAGCAGCACAUGAAUGGUGAAGGGCAGUUAUGUCCUACGCACCUCAAAAAGAGCACAGACAGUCCAGUCAAAUGUAACUAUGUUUGUGGUAGUACUGCAAAGCUCAACCUGACCCCGAACAAUGUCAAAGGCACAUCCACCACAGCUGCUAUCAGUGAAUGCCACAUCAAGAGCACAUCAGUGGAGAAACAACAGACAAUGAAUGACCACCAGCAACCAGCAGGUCCUAACUCUUACUUGUCAAUCACAGUUGUAGAUCAGACUAGCCCAGCCAAUCAGGGCCCAGAGGCUGGAUUAAAGACUGGGCAGGUCCAGGACACAGAGAAGGAGAGCUGUCUUAAAGGGAAGUCUGAUGAAGAUGGUAGUUUGUUUACCUCCCAGCUGCCUGUCCCUGGUGUGAAGGACAACCCUAAGCUAGCAUACUGUGAGCUGGAAACCAAUGGGUUUAUCUUCUCUUCCAAUGACAGUGAUAACGUGUUGAGUGAUGUAGUUAUUCCAGAGAAAGACGGUAGCCCAGCAGAGGAGGGGGAUUUCUCUGGGAGAGCCAAUGUGGCCCUCAGCCCCAUCCCUUCAUCAUGUCUCAGCGACGUCAAAGCCGCUGCCAUCAAUUCCCCGUCCAGGGUCCUCAAGUUCCUAAAGAUCCCUACAAUGGCAGAGAGGACCCAGGCAGGGGCCAGCCCUGUCCGUCUGAGCCCCCAGCUCACCCGCACGUCGAAGAUCCCCUGUCGCACUAACAACUAUGAGGUGUACCACUCCCCUGUCCCCUCACGCAGAGCCGCUACCACAGAAAGGGCCAGGCAGCCUCCUCCUCCACCCGCCAGGUCCGAGUCCUACCCAGCCACUACGCACUCAGCCUCAGCCCCCACCUCCCCGCCUCAGCCUGAGGACACCUGCUCCCCUCCAGCCAAGGAGCUUUGCUACAGGAGCCUCUUAGCCCCCAAGACCAACAAUGGUGUCCCCGAUCCACUGGCCCCUGGCACUUCUCACACACCCAGGGCCUCUUCGCAGAAGGUCCCAUACUAUGAGAACAUGUUGGAACUUUCCACCUCGGCUCAGGUAGAAGAAUCCAAGGUCCCAGAGAACGUAAACAUAUCAUCUUUCUCUCAUACCAUAACAGAAAGUGACAGGAAGCAAAAUAAUUCACUAAUACAUAAAGACAAUGUCCUGUUUCUCCAGCAGCAGCAUUUGUCCCCUGCUUCGGACUCCUCAUCCUCUUCCUCGUCCUCCUCAUCUUCGUCCGAUCAGGAUGGCAACACAGAGAGCCCAGUCUGGCACGGCCACCACAGUCUGCCCAACCCCUCUGCCCUCAGAACAGCUCAGUCUCAGAGCAGCCCAGAUCACUAUGCCAGCAUGAAAGACAGAGGAUCACAGGACCAGGAUACUAGAGAGGCCACAAUACAGAACUCUGAUCUCUCCCAGUCCCAGCCUCCAGUUCUCCCAGCCAAGAGACAUGAUCCCUCGUCCAUUCCCAAGAGGCCUUCUGGGGUAGCAGGGUCAGGGAGUCAGCCAGCCGAGUCUAGUCACACAUUCAAAUACAGGCUGGCUGCACUUGGCAAGCUGAGGAGCUCAGAGGACUUACAAAUCAAUGUGCUCCUGCCAGUAGACAAGCCAGAGCCUCAGAGUGAGGAGAGUAUAGUCUAUUUUAACGAUGACAGGAAUAAGACAGAGGAUAGCCCUGUGGAUGGUAAUUUAGAGGAGCAGAGACACUCGGAAUAUACAGACUCUCUGGACGAUAAGCUUAAAGGUAUUCCUGGUAGCGUUGCUUUGAAUUUCCCAGGUGGCUGUCAGUCCUAUGAUCCUGCAGCUAAGUCUCUCUUUGGCUCUUCAGUCGCCAAGGCGGAGCUGGAGAUGCUCUCAUCCAGAGUGGGUGUGGCUAAGACGGACAGCCCCAAAGGUAAACUGGGCCUCCCGUCUCCAAACACUGACACUCCCAUAGUUUUACGCAACAACAUGAAAUGCCCAGCUUCUCUGAACCUGUCUUACCAUGGUAAACAACCUGCACCCAGCAUCCCUUACAGCAGCAGCAGCCCCAGCAAGGUCCCUCCUAAGUCCCCGUCUAAACCGUGCCAGGGCCUGGCUCCCUCAGCUGGAACUGGGAAGCCCACCCUGGAGGCCCCAGCCCUGGUCCCCCGGUACUCCUUCAAGUCGGAGGACAGGAGCAAACUCAACGCAAACAAGAGAAACACCACAGUGUACAGUGACAGCCUUCCUCCCCCGCUCCCAAUGCCAGAACCGCAGCAGCAGGAAGAGGAGAAGAGACACCUUCUCCCUAUUGUCUCCAGCCCCACACUUGGCCCCACGUCAGCCAUUGAGGAGAAGGUGAUGAAGGGUAUCGAGGAGAACAUGCUGAAGCUGGCAGAACAGGACAGAGGACAGGUUACUGAGGUCAAACUGAAGGCCUCAAACGGGAUCGCCAGCUGGUUUGGCCUGAAGAAGAGCAAACUCCCAGCUCUCAGCCGCAAACCAGACAUACCACCUAAGGUGAAAGACGAGAAGAAAGGUGGAGAGUGGAGGCUGAAUAUCCCUUCCAAAAUGGCGGGGUCUAAGUCUAAAGGAGAGGGGGUGGGGGUGGAGAGCCUAAAUAUCUCGAUGCUGAUGGAGAAGGCGGAGGGUCUGAGGAGAGCUCUGGAGGAGGAGAGGGCCUACGUGAAUGGGGUUGGGGGGGUCGGGAUGGACCGGUCUGGAAGGGGCCACUCCUGUGAGGUGGUGAUGGACCAAUCACAGGGCCAGCUGGCUGUGAUGUGCAGGGGAGCGCGCUCAGACAACUUCAUGCAGCAGCUACUGAACAGGGUGGAUGGGAAGGACUUCAGUGGCUUCAGUGUGGCUCAGAGACGCCUCUCCUUUGACUGUAAAACCUCGAGACCGUUCAGCAGACACACCACCAGCGGGGAGGACAUGCAGAAGGUAAACUACAGAUUAAUGCGAUUUAAUAGUUUUCUUUAUUCUGUGUGUGAAUGGAGAAGGUGAGUAUUUCCACUUUAUUCUGUGUGUGAAUGGAGAAGGUAAGUAUUUCCACUUUAUUCUGUGUGUGAAUGGAGAAGGUGAGUAUUUCCACUUUAUUCUGUGUGUGAAUGGAGAAGGUGAGUAUUUAAACUUUAUUCUGUGUGUGAAUGGAGAAGGUGAGUAUUUCCACUUUAUUCUGUGUGUGAAUGGAGAAGGUGAGUAUUUCCACUUUAUUCUGUGUGUGAAUGGAGAAGGUGAGUAUUUCCACUUUAUUCUGUGUGUGAAUGGAGAAGGUGAGUAUUUCCACUUUAUUCUGUGUGUGAAUGGAGAAGGUGAGUAUUUCCACUUUAUUCUGUGUGUGAAUGGAGAAGGUAAGUAUUUCCACUUUAUUCUGUGUGUGAAUGGAGAAGGUGAGUAUUUAAACUUUAUUCUGUGUGUGAAUGGAGAAGGUGAGUAUUUCCACUUUAUUCUGUGUGUGAAUGGAGAAGGUGAGUAUUUAAACUUUAUUCUGUGUGUGAAUGGAGAAGGUGAGUAUUUAAACUUUAUUCUGUGUGUGAAUGGAGAAGGUGAGUAUUUCCACUUUAUUCUGUGUGUGAAUGGAGAAGGUGAGUAUUUCCACUUUAUUCUGUGUGUGAAGGGAGAAGGUGAGUAUUUCCACUUUAUUCUGUGUGUGAAGGGAGAAGGUGGGUAUUUCCACUUUAUUCUGUGUGUGAAUGGAGAAGGUGAGUAUUUCCACUUUAUUCUGUGUGUGAAUGGAGAAGGUGAGUAUUUCCACUUUAUUCUGUGUGUGAAUGGAGAAGGUGAGUAUUUAAACUUUAUUCUGUGUGUGAAUGGAGAAGGUGAGUAUUUCCACUUUAUUCUGUGUGUGAAUGGAGAAGGUGAGUAUUUAAACUUUAUUCUGUGUGUGAAUGGAGAAGGUGAGUAUUUAAACUUUAUUCUGUGUGUGAAUGGAGAAGGUGAGUAUUUCCACUUUAUUCUGUGUGUGAAUGGAGAAGGUGAGUAUUUAAACUUUAUUCUGUGUGUGAAUGGAGAAGGUGAGUAUUUCCACUUUAUUCUGUGUGUGAAUGGAGAAGGUGAGUAUUUCCACUUUAUUCUGUGUGUGAAUGGAGAAGGUGAGUAUUUAAACUUUAUUCUGUGUGUGAAUGGAGAAGGUGAGUAUUUAAACUUUAUUCUGUGUGUGAAUGGAGAAGGUGAGUAUUUAAACUUUAUUCUGUGUGUGAAUGGAGAAGGUGAGUAUUUCCACUUUAUUCUGUGUGUGAAUGGAGAAGGUUAGUAUUUCCACUUUAUUCUGUGUGUGAAGGGAGAAGGUGAGUAUUUCCACUUUAUUCUGUAUGUGUAAAUGUGCGUUUUGAGAUAAAAUGUUUUACUUACUCAGGGUUCAGAACAUCUGAUCAGCAACGUCCCCUCAGAUGACAAUUUAGCUGACCCAGUUCACUCUCAUCACUUCGCAGCUUCUGGUGCCUCCACCUACACCCUGGACAGUGGCAUUGGCACCUUCCCUCUGCCUAACUACUGUAGUGGUACGCCUGGGAGAAGCCUGUCUAAGGUGAGGGGGGCUGGAGCUGAGCAUGGCUCCUCUGGUUCUCCUGGCCGGGCAGGGAGGAGGGCUAGGACCCUGGACAGAGAGCCCUCAUCCAUGGAGCAGUGCUAUCAAUCUCACAGAGACAUGACUGCCCCGGUAAUGUACGGGUCUGUACUGGAGGGGAAAGGCAUGCCCAGGCAAACAGCUGGGGUCAUUCAUGAAGGUCUUCAUCAGGCAUCCAUAUCCCAUGUGGAAGGUCCUAUAUAUAGGGGCAGUGCUGAGUGACAUCACUUCCUGAAACAGGAGAGAACCUUCCAGAAGGACAACCAUCUCUGCAGCACUCCACCAAUCAGGCCUUUAUGGUAGAAUGGCCAGACGGAUGACACUCUUCUGUAAAAGGCACUUAAAGGACUCUGACCAUGAGAAACAAGUCUCUGGUCUGAUGAAGCCAAAACUGAACUAUUUGGCCUGAAUGCCAAGAAUCAAGUCUGGAGGAAACCCGGCAUCAUCCCUACGGUGAAGCAUGGUGGUGGCAGCAUCAUGCUGUGGGGAUGUUUUUCAGCAGCAGGGACUGGGAGACUAGUCAGGAUAGAGGGAAAGAUGAACGGAGCAAAGUACAGAGAGAUCCUUGAUGAAAACCUGCUCCAGAGCGCUCAGGACCUCAGACUGGGGUGAAGGUUCAACUUCUAACAGGACAAUAACCCUAAGCACACAGCCAAGACAACGCAGGAGAGGCUUCGGGACAAGUCUCUGAAUGUCCUUGAGAGACCUGAAAAUAGCUGUGCAGUGACGCUCCCCAUCCAACCUGACAGCGCUUGAGAGGAUCUGCAGAGAUUGGGAAAAACUAUCCAAAUACAGGUGUGCCAAGCUUGUAGCGUCAUACCCAAGAAGACUCGAGGCUGUAAUCGCUGACAAAGGUGCCUCAACAAAGUACUGAGUAAAGGGUCUGAAUACUUACAUAAAUGUGAUAUUUGUAAAAAAAUAUAUAUAUAUAUUAUAAUUAAAAAUCUAAAAACCCGUUUUUGCUUUGUCAUUAUGGUGUAUUUUGUGUAAAUUGAUGAGGGGAAAAAACGAUUUAAUUCUAAUAAAGCUAUAACGUAACAAAAUGUGGAAAAAGUAAUGGGCUCUGAAUACUUUAAGAAUGCACUGUAGUUUAGCAUAAUUAGGAGCCACAGUGCUCCCUAUCGCUGUUACUUUGGUCUGUAAGAAAAAGUAUCUUCUGAAGAGAAAAUAGUUGGAGGUUAGUACCAGUUCAGCCAUGUCCACAAUACAGUUGGUGCUGGGUAGAGCAUUAGGGGGAAGUUCACUGAGGCAGAACUUGAGGGCCUCUAGGCCACCCUGGUAUGGGAUGUUAGUAUAUAGACUGGUAACAUCAAAAGUACACAGAAUAUAAUUUUCUGGUAUGUGGUCCACAGCUUUCAGAAGAUGUAUAAAAUAAAUAGUCUCUGGUGUAGGUGGGGAGAGAGGACACCCAGGGUUUCAUGAAAUGGUCUACAAAGGUAGAAAUGUUUUCUGUCAGAGAUCUGUUACUACUCACAAUGGGCCAGCCUGGUAUAGGUGGCGUCAUGCUCUUGUCAAUUUUGGGGAGAGUGUAUAUGACAGGUGUGGUUUGGCAGUCAACUUGCAUGUACUCAUUCUGUCUUUGCAAUUUCCCCUUCAUUCAAUAACUUUGACAGUUUAUCAUGGAUCAGAGACUUUAAUUGAUUAUUAGGAUCCCUGGGGAGUCUUGUAAAAUUCAUAAUCACGGAGUUCUUAGAAUUUAAUUUUCAUAGUCUCUGCAUCACUAUUUCACCUCCCUUGUCGGCAGCUUUUAUAGUAAUAGUGGAGUCAUUUUUUAGAUGGAACAGCUGGAUAGGGGAAAUGGCUUGAGUCGCACAUGGAAUAUAAUUUUGCGGAUAAAGUUUGGAAUGACACAAUUUCAUGUGUACAACAUCUAAAAAUCUGCAUCACUAUACUGAGAGCAUUUCUGUUUCUAAAAGGACAUAUAUGGGUGAUUUUGCAGCAUUUGUUCAUGUUUUUUUCCAGAGCCCCAUACUGCACAACGAGGAUGAGGAACUUCAUCGCUGGUUGGGCUAAAUUUCUCAAAACAUUAUUACAUCAAAAAUAGAUUUGGUUUAAAAAAUGCAAAUUUCUCCUUGAAAUUACUUUUAUACAUUAACAAUGUACUUUAUGUAUGGACUUUCAUUGAGUAUUAUCCUGAAUCAAAUG